AUGGCAGGAGGACGGGAGAGAGUCGCUCACUUGCUGAGGCAGCUGCAGCGCGCAGCAUGCCAGUGUCCCGCUCAUUCCCACACUUACUCUCAAGCUCCUGAACAUGCUGCUUUGAGGAGAACAGACUAUGCUUUUGAGAUGGCUAUGUCAAAUAUCAGAUAUGGAGAAGGUGUUACUAGAGAAGUAGGCAUGGACCUGCAGAAUCUGGGUGCUAGAAAAGUUUGUGUGAUGACAGAUAAGAACCUCUGCCAGCUCCCUCCAGUAAAAGCAGUAUUGAAUUCCUUGACAAAAAAUAGAAUCAUUUUUCAAAUGUAUGAUGAUGUCCGGGUGGAGCCAACGGAUCAGAGUUUCAUGGAUGCCAUCACAUUUGCUAAAAAGGGGGAGUUUGAUGCCUAUGUUGCUGUGGGCGGUGGUUCUGUAAUAGACACUUGUAAAGCUGCCAACCUGUAUUCAUCCAGUCCUGAAUCAGAUUUCUUAGAUUACGUCAAUGCUCCCAUUGGAAAAGGAAAGUCUGUUACUGUGCCUCUCAAGCCAUUCAUUGCAGUUCCCACGACAGCUGGAACUGGAAGUGAAACCACUGGCAUUGCCAUUUUUGAUUACAAAGAACUAAAAGUAAAAACUGGCAUUGCUUCUAGAGCCAUUAAGCCCACAUUGGGUAUGAUUGAUCCUUUGCAUACAAUCCAUAUGCCAGAGCGAGUAGUGGCCAACAGUGGCUUUGAUGUGCUUUGCCACGCACUAGAAGCGUACACUGCUCUUCCUUACAAGAUGCGCAGUCCCUGCCCUUCAAAUCCAAUCAACCGGCCUGCUUACCAAGGCAGCAACCCUAUCAGUGAUGUCUGGGCUGUCCACGCACUGCACCUUGUGGCAAAGUAUUUGAAAAGAGCUGUCAGAAUGCCAGAUGAUCAUGAAGCAAGGGCUAACAUGCACCUAGCAAGUGCUUUUGCUGGCAUCGGCUUUGGCAAUGCUGGUGUUCAUCUUUGCCAUGGAAUGUCUUACCCUAUUUCUGGUUUGGUGAAGAGUUACAAAGCAAAGGAUUAUAACGUCGAUCAUCCUCUGGUGCCACAUGGUCUUUCUGUGGUACUCACCUCCCCCGCAGUAUUUACUUUCACAGCAGAGAUGUGCCCCGAACGGCACUUGGAGGCUGCAGAGAUACUAGGAGCUGACAUCCGCACUGCCAAAAUCAAAGAUGCUGGGCUUAUUUUGGCAGACACGCUCCGAAAAUUCUUAUUUGAUCUGAAUGUUGAUGAUGGCUUAGCUGCAAUUGGUUAUUCUAAAGCAGAUAUCCCUGCUUUAGUGAAAGGCACUCUCCCUCAGGAAAGAGUGACUAAACUAUCACCUCGUCCCCAGACCGAAGAAGAGCUAUCUGCCCUGUUUGAGGCAUCUAUGAAACUUUAUUAG